GAGAAAACGUAUAGAACAGACUGCAUAACUAACAUUAUAAAAAUUCAUAAACGGAAGAGGAAUCUGGCCACAAGUAGCUGUACCGCUGCAUGACGUCAGACGCAGGAGUCGUGGUAUUGGGAAGCAAGAUGUCGCUAGCGAGCUUUCUACCCGCGCCCACGCAGCUGUCUCAGGACCAGCUGGAAUCGGAGGAGAAGGCGAGAGCUCAGAGGUCCCGGUCCACAGCACUGGUGUCUUCUCGCAGAGAGCCCCCUCCGUAUGGCUUCAGAAAAUCCUGGGUCCCUCGGACCCUGGAGGACUUUGCUGAUGGAGGCGCUUUCCCAGAGAUCCACGUGGCCCAGUUUCCCCUGGAAAUGGGCAGGAAGAAGAAGACCUCCAAUGCUCUGGCAGUUCAAGUGGAUGCAGAGGGAAAGAUCAAAUAUGAAGCUAUCGCUCGGCAAGGCCAGGGAAAAGACAAGAUUAUUUACAGUAAGUACACAGAUCUGCUUCCAAAGGAAGUCAUGAAUGAAGAUGACCCAGACCUACAGAAGCCAGAUGAGGAGGCAGUCAAAGAGCUGACGGAGAAGACCCGCUCGGCGCUGGACAAGCAGGUCUCUCAGAAGAUCGCGGCCGCCAUGCCGGUGCGCGCCGCAGAUAAGCAGGCCCCGGCGCAGUACAUCAGGUACACACCUUCACAGCAGGGAGUGGCGUUUAACUCAGGAGCCAAACAGAGGGUCAUCCGCAUGGUGGAGAUGCAGAAGGACCCCAUGGAACCCCCCCGAUUCAAGAUCAACAAAAAGAUUCCCCGAGGACCUCCCUCCCCUCCUGCACCUGUGAUGCAUUCCCCAAGCAGAAAGAUGACUGUGAAGGAACAGCAGGAGUGGAAGAUUCCACCGUGCAUUUCAAACUGGAAAAACGCAAAGGGUUACACAAUUCCAUUAGACAAGCGUUUAGCUGCGGACGGACGGGGCUUGCAAACUGUUCACAUCAACGAAAACUUUGCCAAGCUGGCUGAAGCCCUCUACAUCGCUGACAGGAAGGCUCGAGAAGCGGUGGAGAUGCGUGCGCAGGUGGAGAAGAAGAUGGCGCAGAAAGAGAAGGAGAAGAAGGAGGAGAAGCUGAGAGAGCUGGCUCAGAUGGCCAGAGAUCGGAGAGCUGGCAUCAAAGGCCACGGGGAUAAAGGUGCUGAGGACACAGAGGUGCGAGAACGCGACGAGAUCCGCCAUGACAGGCGGAGAGAGAGGCAGCACGACCGCAACAUCUCCAGAGCCGCCCCCGAUAAGAGGUCGAAGCUGCAGAGAGAUCAGGACCGAGACAUCAGCGAGCUCAUCGCUCUGGGUCAGCCUAAUCCACGCCCCUCCGGCGAAGCUCAGUACGACCAGCGCCUCUUCAACCAGAGCAAGGGCAUGGACAGCGGCUUUGCUGGCGGAGAGGAUGAGAUCUACACCGUGUAUGACCAGCCCAUGAGGGGCAGCAGAGACAUGGCCCAGAGCAUCUACAGGCCCAGUAAAAACGCAGACAAGGACAUGUACGGUGACGACCUGGACACCCUCAUCCAGAGCAACAGAUUUGUACCGGACCGGGAAUUCUCUGGUGCUGACCCUGGGUCUCGCAGGGACGGACCCGUGCAGUUUGAGGAGGAUCCUUUCGGUCUGGAUAAGUUCUUGGAGGAGGCCAAACAGCACGGAGGAUCCAAAAGGCCAUCCACUAGCGGACGCUCAAAGGAUUACGACCAUGACAAAAAGCGCAGAAAGGAAUAAUGUUUUGUCUAUUUUUUAUUUUUUAAGGGGUAGGGUCACAUUGAUUAAUUGCCGUCUUUUAACACGUCAUAAUUAGAUUUGAUACAUAGACACUGUGGACUUGAGUUUUUUUUUUUUUUCUUCCAUCUUGCUUCACAUGCUGAAUAGGUGUUUACAUGCCAUCAUUGUACUGGAUGUAAAUGCAGUUUUAAGUACGCAUACCUGUGUUGCAUUGUCAGCAACAUAUAAACCUGUCAGAUGUCUCAAACCUGUUUUUAAAUCAGGGAAAGAUCACAUUUGCGUUCCCUCCAUUUCUCUCGAGUAGAAAUAAACAUGUGCACCAACUUAGACAAUAUUUAUCCUUCUCUCUUGUACAGUUAUACUACAAUAAAUGUUGCAUAUGUGGAAAAA